AUGGUGCAUUGCCCAGAAUGGAACAUCCCAUAUUUGGAUGGUUCAACAUGGUGUAGAACCUCACAUGGCCUUGACAGCACCUGUCAUAUCCCGGAAUCCCGACCCCACGCACUCCCACCACAUCACACCUUCCUAACAACUUCACCAUCCCCUACACCACGCCUCCCCACUCCCCAAGUCACCUUCCCUCCUGACUGUCUCAGCUCCGAGACUCCGGAUUUGCUCCGAUAUCCCGACGGACCUCCGACUUCCCGUGACACACCCUUAAACCAUUCCUCCACCCAUUUCAUUUAUUUGAGUCACCCAACAUCCUUCGGAUAUGCAACUCCGCUUUCGGAGCUACCUGCAUCCUUCGGUGAUCUCACUCACGUCAUCACUUAUCUCGUUCCCAUUCAUUUUCCGGCCUCUUACUCCGCCCUCCAUGGUCCGACACCUCGGUUCCCCGUUAAAGAUAUCGUUCGGGACCUUUCGGUACCUCUCGGUAUCAUUCGGCACCUUUCGGUGUUGUCCCAUUGUCAUUUGGACUUUGACUAA